AUGGAGAUGGAAGUUGUGGACUUCAACUUCGACAGUUCCUACUCCUCUCCAUACAUGACUACUCCUUCCAGCCCUCAACAAUUUGGCAAUUUCUACUUCAGCGCCCCUACUAACAAGCUCUUCGAUGGCAAAAAGAUUAAGCCUCUAAAGCCACCACCUCAAUUACAAGUUGUCAUCGGAGCUAAUGACCAUUCGGUGUUCGUUUCAUCUCCAAGGUCCACAAAAUCAAGGAUUUCACAGGGAAAAAGGAUGGUCCAAGAAGCACUAUCACUGCGUUGCAAGAAAGAUCUUGAUCCAUUCACUACGACAAUAGAGGAAACUCCAAAAAAUGAGAUUGGAGAAGAAGAGAAGGGGAGGGAUGCUACAGGAGAAUGGAUGAAGGAGGGCGACGUUUCUCUUAGUCCCACACCAAAACACAGUGUUUAA